UGUAAAUAUCUGAAAAAUGACAUUCCUUUCAAAAGUCCUUUCGAAAUAUUAUCGACUGUACUCCCAUCCUCAAAUGGCUCUCUGAAGAAAUGUCCGCUGUAUACUCCACCAUUUCAAAGAAUUAAUUUUGAUGAUAUGAAAGAAGCAGCGAUUGAAGAACGAAAACCGGCCUGGAAACAAUUAGAAGAAUCAAUAAAGGAUUCAUAUUAUAAGGUACGUAAAACAGCUGAACGAAGUAAAGAAGAGAUGCAAUUUAUGGAUUCACAAUUGUGUCGACGAAAUUUUCGACGUUCAGAAAGUCCUUUCGAAAUACUAUCGGCUAGAAGUCCGUCAGUGCAAUCGCCCAGCUUUCAUACAAGCCAUCCACUAACGACUGGAGAAUUUGUGGAAAAUAAUAUAUAUGUUGCACCAGCUGUUUUCUCGACGCAAGGUAUCGAAUCUCGGCAUGAAAAAAAAGCAAAUGACAUCGAAGCUCGUCUUCUGAGAACGUCAGUUCUCCCACAGUCAAUGAAAACUAUUACCACUAAAGAAUUUAGGAAUGGCCCAGCACCAGCGGCUGGAAGCACAUCUGAAAUAUUAAUGGACGAAGUUGAUUAUCAAGCUUUUCUCCCGCGCCCUUAUUACAGUCGUCCAAAUCGACAUGAUCCGGAUUAUUUCGACUUUGAUUUGCAGCAUUCAGUCGAUUUGUACAGACGACCUGAGGGGAAAUAUGUGCCCAGAGGGCCUCAAGAAUGGGAAGAAAAAAUUUUACAGGAAAUGAAAUCUAAAGGCGAAGCACCUGUUUCCGGAUAUAUGUUUACAAAAGGAAAUACAGAUUGGAGAAAUCAUGGAACGUCUUAUCUUAGUGCAGCAUUAAGAACUGCUUCAUUUUGGGAACAGCGUUUUACAGCGAUAGGUCGUGAAAUUCGCGAUAAAAAUCCUAUUUCAUUUGAAAGUCUUGCAAGGAAUAAACCUGUGACAAGCAGAUGGACUGAAUACCGUGAUCCUGACUUCGAAGAUCUCACAGAUCUUGAUGAUUAA